AUGGCGGGAGGACGGCGCGGGCUCGUGGCACCGCAGAACACCUUCCUGGAGAACGUGGUGCGCAGGUCCAGCGACACAAACUUUGUGCUGGGAAAUGCUCAGAUCGUGGACUGGCCGAUCGUCUACAGCAACGAUGGAUUCUGUAAACUGUCCGGAUACCACAGGGCCGAAGUGAUGCAGAAAAGCGCCACCUGCAGUUUCAUGUAUGGAGAGUUGACAGACAAAGAGACCAGUGAGAAAGUGAGACAAACGUUUGAAAACUAUGAGAUGAACUCCUUUGAGAUCUUAAUGUACAAGAAGAACCGUCUUCCUGUUUGGUUCUUUGUGAAAAUUGCUCCCAUCAGAAACGAACAGGACAAGGUGGUUCUGUUCCUUUGCACCUUCAGCGACAUCACAGCCUUCAAGCAGCCAAUUGAGGAUGAGGCUACAAAAAGUUGGGGUAAAUUUGCUCGUCUGACUCGUGCUCUCACCAGUAGUAGAGGAGUCCUGCAGCAGCUCGCCCCAGCCGUGCACAAAGGAGAGAAUGUGCACAAGCACUCCAGACUGGCAGAGGUUCUUCAGCUGGGCUCUGACAUCCUGCCUCAGUACAAACAGGAGACCCCAAAGACGCCUCCUCACAUCAUCCUCCACUAUUGCCUCUUUAAGACCACGUGGGACUGGGUCAUCCUCAUCCUCACCUUCUAUACUGCUAUAAUGGUCCCGUAUAACGUGUCCUUCAAGACCAAGCAGAACAACGUGACCUGGCUUGUGGUGGACAGUGUGGUCGAUGUCAUAUUCUUGGUGGACAUUGUUCUGAACUUCCAUACCACGUUUGUAGGUCCUGCUGGAGAAGUGAUAUCCGACCCAAAGCUGAUCCGAAUGAACUACGUGAAGACCUGGUUUGUGAUCGAUCUGCUGUCCUGUCUGCCCUAUGAUGUCAUCAAUGCCUUUGAGAAUGUGGAUGAGGGCAUCAGUUCCCUCUUCAGUUCUCUUAAGGUGGUCCGAUUGCUUCGUUUGGGUCGUGUGGCUCGUAAACUCGACCACUACAUUGAGUAUGGGGCAGCGGUACUGGUUCUGCUUGUGUGUGUAUUCGGACUUGCCGCUCACUGGCUCGCCUGCAUCUGGUACAGCAUUGGGGACUACGAGGUGAUAGAUGAGGAGCGUAACAGUGUACGCACAGACAGCUGGCUCUUCCUGCUCGGGGAGACAGUGGGUACCCCCUACAGAUUUAAUGUGUCAGGGUCUAACCGGUGGGAGGGCGGUCCCGGGAAGGACUCUGUCUACAUCACGUCUCUGUACUUCACCAUGACAAGUCUGACCUCCAUCGGCUUUGGAAACAUUGCGCCAAACACUGACGGAGAGAAGAUCUUCGCUGUUGCCAUGAUGAUGAUUGGAUCUCUUCUUUAUGCCACCAUUUUCGGAAAUGUGACAACGAUCUUCCAGCAGAUGUACGCCAACACAAACCGCUAUCACGAGAUGCUCAACAGUGUGAGGGACUUCCUGACGCUGUACCAGGUCCCCAAAGGUCUGAGCGAACGGGUCAUGGACUACAUCGUCUCCACAUGGUCUAUGACGAGAGGCAUUGAUACUGACAAGGUGCUACAGAUCUGCCCUAAAGACAUGCGUGCUGACAUCUGCGUUCACCUGAACCGUAAAGUCUUUAAGGAGCACCCCGCGUUCAGGUUAGCGAGUGACGGAUGCCUCAGAGCUCUGGCCGUGCAGUUCCAGAUGAUCCACUCCGCACCUGGGGACCUGAUCUUCCAUGCGGGUGAAAGCGUCGACAGCCUCUGCUUCGUGGUGGCCGGGUCUCUUGAAGUCAUACAGGACGAUGAGGUGGUUGCGAUAUUAGGUAAAGGCGAUGUGUUCGGUGAUGUGUUCUGGAAGGAGAUGACGCUAGCUCAGUCGUGCGCUAACGUCCGUGCACUGACGUACUGCGACUUGCACAUCAUCAAACGCGAUGCUCUGCAGAAAGUGCUUGAAUUUUACUCCGCCUUUGCCAACCAUUUCGCUCGCAGCCUCCUGCUCACCUACAACCUGAGGAAACGGAUAGUUUUCCGUAAGAUCGUUGAUGUAAAGCGUGAGGAAGAAGAGAUGCUGAAGAGGAAGAACGAAGCUCCUCUGAACCUGCCACCGGACCACCCUGUGCGCCGCCUGUUCCAACGCUUUCGCCAACAGAGGGAGGCUCGAAUGGCGGCAGAACGUGGAGUCUCCGCCCAACUCUGUGACAUCGAAAGAGGCAUCAUCCAUUGUGAAGCCCCAUCCCCGCAGAUCCUCGCCUCUACCAGCAUCGUCACAGUAACCGAACACCCAAACGAGACCGCACCCACCUCGUCCAAUGCUCCGCCCAUGAGGAAUACCAGUCGCAGUACUCAAAAUGGUGGGGUGUGUAAGACAGUGGAACCCCCAAAAGCAAAAGGGUGGGGGCGCUUCAAAGAGGCGGUGAAAGCGGAGUCAUGGAGCAGCGUGUCCAAAGCUGAAUCCAUGGAAACACUCCCGGAUCGGACUAAAUCUCAAGACCAGGUUUCUCUGAAAAAGACAGACUCAUGUGACAGCGGCAUCACCAAAAGCGACCUGCGAUUGGACAACGUGUGUGAGCCGCAAACACCACAGGAGCGCAGCCCGAAUGCCACAGACGGGAAGAAGACUCUGACCAAUGCCGCAUCCGAGCAGCAGAUGGUCCACGCAGCCUUCACCGAGCUCAAGCAGGAGAUACGAGAGGACAUGCAGGCUCUGGACAGACGCAUGGGGGCGCUAGAGAACCAGCUCACCCAAAUGCUGCGGUUGCUCAAGUCCAGGAAGUCCUCUGGAUCCUUUUUCGAAAUCUCAAGGCCGCCAUCACCAGACUCCGACAGUUUCACUUAA